AUUUGAGAUUGUCAGAGUAUACAGUUUUCAGUGUGCGCGAUCACCCUUUGAAAAAGGGAUGAACAUUUUGUUCUCGAGAAGCACGCUCUAUUAAAUAAAUAAGAAACUUCAGUGUAUUUCCAGCCCGUGUUUAUUUUCUAUCGACUCGAAAAUGGAUCGACUUCUACGGUUAGGCGGCGGUUUGCCAGGACUGAAUCAAGGCCCACCACCUUCCGAUGCACCUGUAGUAGAUACUGCCGAACAAGUAUACAUAUCCUCUCUGGCUCUGUUAAAAAUGUUAAAACAUGGCAGAGCAGGUGUGCCAAUGGAAGUCAUGGGUCUCAUGUUGGGUGAAUUCGUUGACGAUUACACUGUCAGAGUAAUCGACGUUUUUGCCAUGCCACAAACUGGAACGGGUGUAAGUGUAGAAGCCGUCGAUCCAGUAUUCCAAGCUAAGAUGUUGGAUAUGCUAAAACAGACAGGCAGACCGGAAAUGGUUGUCGGCUGGUACCAUUCACAUCCUGGAUUCGGUUGUUGGCUUUCCGGAGUUGACAUCAACACUCAACAGUCCUUUGAGGCUUUGAGUGAACGAGCUGUAGCAGUAGUUAUAGAUCCCAUUCAGUCGGUGAAGGGAAAAGUUGUCAUCGACGCAUUUAGAUUAAUCAAUCCUAAUAUGAUGGUCCUGGGUCAAGAACCUCGUCAGACCACUUCGAAUCUCGGUCACUUGCAAAAGCCUUCGGUCCAAGCUCUCAUUCAUGGCUUGAAUCGUCAUUACUACAGCAUCAGCAUUAAUUACCGAAAAAAUGAAUUGGAACAGAAAAUGUUACUCAAUUUGCAUAAAAAAACAUGGAUGGAUGGUCUCACUCUUGCCGAGUACUCUGAACACAGCAGACUCAAUGAACAAACUGUUUCGGAGAUGCUUGAACUUGCUAAGAAUUAUAACAAGGCUUUGGAGGACGAAGAGAAAAUGACACCAGAGCAGUUGGCGAUCAAGAACGUUGGAAAGCAAGAUCCAAAACGUCAUUUGGAGGAAAAAGUCGAUACGCUUAUGUCGACCAACAUUGUUCAGUGUCUCGGUGCAAUGCUCGAUACGGUUGUUUUCAAAUAAGCGCGGAUCGGUAUCAGAAACUUUUUCGAAACGAUUGCAACAAAAAACUGAAUAAAAACACUAAAAUAUUACGCGUCCUUUGUAAGGUAAAACAAACGAAUACAAAAACUUUUUUUAAAACAUAAAA